AUGAUUGCGACAAUUCUUGAUUUUUUAGUUAAUAACCUUCAAGAUAUAUUCUUGUCCAUUGGUGCACUUAUAAUUUCUUAUAUCAUUUAUUUUUACAUUUCUUAUUUUACUCGUUCAAAUCCAUUACCUGGUCCUCUUCCUUUACCAAUUGUUGGAAAUUUGCUUGCUUAUCCCGGUGACGCUGGAAAAUGGGCUCAAGAAUUACAUAAGAAAUACGGCGAUAUUUAUGAAGUUUAUUUAGGAACAGCUCGAACCGUUUGGUUAAAUCGUUCGGAUUUGGUAGAAAAAAUCAUGUCGUCUUCUCAUACUAAUCAUUUUCAUUAUCGUACUGGUGAAAAUGAUGGUUUAGAUGAAUUAGACAUAACUGGCAAAGGUGUUUUUUUCAAUAAUAUUGGAAAAGACUUGAAUUAUCAUCGAAAAAUUUAUGAUAAAACUAUCAUGACUCCACAAUUUGGUAAAAAUAUUUUACCCGUAACUCAAUCUCUAUUCAAACAAUUGGAAUCACUUUGGAAAGAUUAUAAAUGUUUUGAAGAAAAUAGAGAAAUUGAUUUUUCUUCAUGGAUGCAACAAUUUGGUUUUGAAUCUACAUUAAAAUUAGUUACCCAUUUCCAUGCACCCGCUUUAAUUAAUUAUUAUAACUCAUUAAAUCCUAAACAAAAAGUUACGAAAAUCCCUGAGGAUUCUUUAUCUUCAAUUGACACUGAAAGAUUUAUAAAUUGUAUAAAAUCUAAUUUUGAUAGUUGGUGCUUUUUCCUUUUAAUUCCCAAGUAUUUGAGGCGAACUCUUGAAAUAAGAACUAAUAAUUAUUUAUUAAGAGAAAUCGAUUGGUUAUAUUCAAAUGUUCUGAAUAUUAUAAAAUUACGUAAAUCCCAAAUUGAAAAUUCUAGUAUAGAUGAAUUACCUCAUCAUCCCAAAGUCUUACAACAAAUUCAUCAAGAAUUAGAAAAUGUAUUGGGAACCAAUACAGAUUCAGAAAUCACCUUUGAAGAUUUGAAUAAACUCAAGUAUUGUGAAGCAGUAAUAAACGAAGUCGGUCGUUUAUGGCCAAUUUUACCCGUAAAUCUUCGAAUCUCUUCGAAACCCGAUACUAUUGAUAAUCAUAAAUUUCCUGCCAAUCAGCAGUUUUUCAUUAAUCAACAAGAUAUUCAAUUAAAUCCCAAGGAUUGGGACAAUCCAGAAGUAUUUAAUCCUUCACGAUUUUUAUCAAGUGAUGAUACUAGUAAAAGAAAUAAAAAUGCUUUAUUGAUAUUCGGUGGUGGUCUUAGAACUUGUAAACAUUUUGCGCUGAUUCAAAUGAAAACUUUGAUGGCUUUAAUCUAUCGAAAAUAUGAUAUAGAAUUGGUUGAUCCUACCGCAUCAAUUAAAUAUAGAUAUUGCCUUAUUAGACAAUGUACCGAGAUGAAGAUUAAAAUUAAACAAAGGCGAAAUAUAUAA